AUGGCUCCUACCUCUGAGACAUCAAACGCACACAGAGAGCCAGCUAGAAAGACCGGCUUCCCUGACGAGAAGCUCGCUGCGGCUGUGUUCGAGAUAUCCUUUUACGGGGAAGAGGAGCUUGAACAAUCGGCGAGAGACCACGAGUCCAGCCGUGAUGCUAGUAGCACCCAAAGUGCGGCAUGGUCUGUCACGUCUGAAAGUGAUCUCAUAUACAACGAGGAAGACCUGUAG